UCAUUAUUCAGUUACUCGCUCAUCCUUUCUUUCUCUCCCUCUCUUCUCUCGUUGUCUUUGUCCUACCCUUCCUUACUUCCCUACCCCAUCCUCUCUCUCUCUCUCUUUCUCUCCCUCUCUCUUCCUCCUUCUCCCCAUUCAUGUACCAACGGCCAGCUGUCACUCAACGCAUCUCGUAUGUGCUCCGCAAAGACGAGAACAGGAAUGCUCAUCUCUUGGGUGUUAAUGCACUUGCCCUUGAUACAACCACCCCUACUACACCUAUUCAACCAUCCUCUCUUACCACAAACAUUGUCACUGCUAAGGAACGACGUCGACAUUCUUCAAGGCAUUAUGUCCCAGGAGGCAUUCUAUACACUGGAGGACGUGAUGGCAUGAUUGCUGCCUGGGAUUUGCAUUUUGAGUCGCCUAUUCCCCGUGAUAUACCUGGUGAAACUCCAGAACAGCCCAAGGGACUUCCGCCUUCGACCUUUCGUCAGUCGUUCAAUCAUCAUACGGACUGGGUGAAUGAUAUUGUUCUAUGUCACAAUGGAGAGACCUUGGUCUCGGCCUCAUCUGAUAGGACUGUUAAGCUAGUCCGGCCACACUCACAUAAUCCAACAGCAGCACACAUCAUUGGAACACACGGGGAUUAUGUGAAGACAUUAGCUUAUGCUUCAGGGCCGGGAUGGGUUGCAAGUGGAGGAUUAGACAAGACUGUUAAUAUCUGGGAUAUCAAAGAAAGUCGGAGUACGCAAUUCAUUUCUCUUGGAGCCAUUCCUGAGACUUCGUCAAAGGCAUCCAUUUAUGCGCUUGCUUGCAAUCCCAUUGGAACGGUGCUGGCAACUGGUUCGCCUGAGAAGAUCAUUAGGGUCUGGGAUCCAAGAUCAGGACAGCGGAUUACUAAGUUUGCUGGCCACACUGACAACAUUCGUGCACUCCUAAUUAGUGAGAGCGGAGAUACGAUAUUAUCUGCAUCCUCCGAUACUACUAUCAAGCUAUGGUCUUUGACAGCUCAGAGAUGCAUUACCACAUUCACCAUGCACUCGGAUUCUGUUUGGUCACUAUACUCGGACCACCCUCAAUUGGCUACUUUCUACGGCGGUGGAAAGGAUGGCAUAGUCACCAAGACGGAAAUCAAUCGCUACAAUCCUCAGCAUCACAGCGAUUUUGAGGAUGAAGAUCCUGGACAGUGUGUUGUCAUCUGCAAAGCCGAAACUGGUGUUGCUAGAUUGGUGGCGCAUGAUAAUGCACGGAUCUGGACUGCAACCUCAUCAAGCAGUGUUUUCCAGUGGCCUGACAUUCCUACGCGUGCUAACCGUGCGCCAGAAAUGAUUGCGUCUAUUGUACCGGCCAAUUUGCUUAAGAUGAACCUCAAUGAAUCAACAUUUACGGAUCUAAUUCCAGAGCACUACUAUCCGACUUCAACCGUCUAUUCUGCAGCAUCAUUAGGAUCACUCUUUGUUAGUCAUCGCGAUAAGCAAAGCCAGCAUAGCUCUGAGGAUGAUGAGGGCCUUAUCGCACCCAUAUUUGAAGAUCCAGAGAAUGUGAUUGAAGGAGAGCAUGGAUUAAUCAAACACACGCUUUUGAACAACCGUCGUAUGGUUGUAACUGAGGAUAAAUGUGGCGAAGUGGCGCUCUGGGAUAUCAUCAAGUGCAUUCAAUUGGAUACAUUUCCUGGACGUAAAUUGGAUGAUGUUGUGAAUGAGCUCAACACGAUCGAGUCUGUGCCAACAUGGUGCACAAUUGACACACGCAUAGGAGCAUUGACAGUUCAUUUGGAUGAAGGCCGCUGCUUUGACGCAGAGGUAUAUGUCGAUGAAAUCGAAGAAAUACCUGACCCCGAGCGACCAGAAGACCAGAGAAUUGUCAUUGGUAAAUGGGUACUGAAAAAUCUGUUUGAUAACUAUGUGCCAGUGCAUAUUGAGGCAUAUGAAAAGGAGACUUAUCGUAUUCAGCAUCCGAAUGACUCAGCCACUCAGCUGUCCGUCUCUACAACAGCAUUGAAUGAGAAAGGCGUUGAAAGCGGUGGAUAUGACACAAAGAAGUCUGACCUGCCAGCGGUUGCAAGCGAUGGAAGCCGGCCACCUGUCAUCAACACUACGCCCGAAGCAUUGAAGGAACCCCUCGCAUCUUCGGAGCUUCCAACCAUCUCCAGUGAUAACUCCAAAGCUAAUAAUUCAUCACCUCAUCAGGAUUCUUUAGCAACUGUAGCAGGCAGCUCACCAAGCUCUUCUAGGGAAGGCUCAGUGUCCGUAGCGCCAACUACGGGUACUACUGCAGCAGCAGCAGCUACAGCUUCCACCAAUGUUGCGCCCACUAGCUCUGGAGGGAAAUUGAGCGCGCUAGGAUCGCAUACAGCCUCAUCAUCUGUUCCUUCGACCCCAUUAUCAAUAUCCUCGACAACGAGUACGGCCGCGAGCUCCAGUAAUGGGUUCAUGGGCCGUCUGAAGCACUCUGUUAAGAAGCUUACGAGGACGCCUAGUUCAGAGCAAAAGUUUGAAAAUGGGCGGUCGAUGUCAUCUAAGAAGAGUGUGGGAACCAUUGCUAUCCCGAUGAGCGGCGGUGUCUCCAAAGCCCCCAACAGUCCUUCUAUUCCAGAACACCCAUCGCCAUUCCCGGCGAUCACAACAUCUGCUACUGCUUCCACAUCGGCCAGCGGAGCAGGAGUUGGGACAGGAACUUCGACCUCUACAGCAUCGUCACCAAGGACUACUGUCAUAGACGGAACACCAACACCCGGAGGAUCGGCUGGAUUAGGUGGAACUAAAGUUAACGAAGAUGAUCAAGCAACCUCUGACACUACAUCGUCACAUUCAAUCGAGUCUAUCCCCAGUCCUGUACAGCAGCUCCCGAAUCCCGCUAUCAGUAUGCGCCCCCCACAUCCACCGUUCACUCCGCUUACGCAUCUAGAUUGCCCAACGGUCCCUAUCCCUGCACAUAUCCCAGUAAUUAUUUCUGAGCAGUCGCGGGAAGCCUCUUCGUCUGUAGAUUUGUAUCGUGGUACUGUAGGCUCUUUGGGAUAUGACUAUGUACCACUAGUGCAAGUUAUACCUACAUGGUUAUUGGAAGUGCUUUUGAAGAACAUGAUACCGGUCAAAGAGACGCCAAAGGUUUCAUUUGUGCUACGACCACAUCAUGAACAGGAUAUUACUCUAUCGCUGCCAGGCUCUGGACGGUUGGGCGAGCUCCCAGGAGGCAAUCCAAGAUUGACUGCACCGCGGAUGCUGAGAGUACGCAAGGUUGUGGCACAUGUAGUCGAUAAGCUGGCAUUGACGCCCCCUAAAAGAGCUUCGAUAUCAGUAUCAAUAAGCGACCCAGCAAGUAGAGCAGUAGUUGUUGAUGCUGCAUUCCAGCGUGGCCAUACACAGACUAACCAGCCUCCACUUCCUCCGCGAUCAAUCGAAGCGGCGGAAACCAGUGCGAGAGGACCAGCUAUCGUUGGUAGUGCCGACCAGCCUCCACCACCAGGGAAUAAAUCGCAAAGUGUGGGUCCAUCGGUUUCAAUCGUUACAAAGACUGGAGAGCAAGAAGAAGAAGAAGAAGAGUUUUGGAGGCAAGAGGCACUGCGCCCAGAGAAUUGGCUUGAAAUCCUAUGUAACGACCAGGUCCUAUCACCGACGAUGACAUUGGCGACUGUUCGCACACAUUAUUGGAAGACAGGGAGCGAUGUAGUCCUGACUUACCGAUAUAAGCAACAGAACAUGGCAAUAGUAUCAACUCUAACAACUACCCCAUCGCUAUUGCCGUCGUCAGCAACAUAGAGCCGCAUAAUAGUUGUUAUAUAC